UUUUGGCAAAUGUGAGCCUGAGGACAAAUACGAUUGCUGAUCGGGUUUGUGAGAUGGCCACUGAUUUAAGAACACAGUUGGGUGAAAGAAGCAACAACUUUAUUGCCUACUCUCUUGCUGUGGAUGAAAGUAUAGACAUGAUGGACAUUGCACAGCUGGCCAUCUUCAUCUGUGGAGAGGAAAUAUUGAACAUUAAAUCAAUGCACGGGACAACGACAGGAAAAGUCAUUUUUUAAAACGUAUGUCAAAGUGUAACCAACAUGAAACUGCCCUGGGACAAACUUGUUGGACUUAUAACAGAUGGAGCGCCGGUGUUGUGCGGUGAAAAAAGCGGACUAGUCAGCAGGAUGCGAGUAAAGAUGCAGGAGGAGAACUGUACCGAAUGGCUUCAUCAAAACCCUAUCGUAAUACCGGUGAGCCGUACAGGAGGCUGCCAUCCCAACUGUGAAAGUAAUGUGUCUUAAAGUAACCUCAAAAGUCAGUCAGCAGCUGGAGGAUGAGGCAAGGGUACUUCUGGGGCCACCCAUCACCUUGAUCUCACUGACCAACAUCGACCAAUCCCAGAUGAUUUACGUGACAGUGAAGGGAUGGGUCACAGCUAUGGAACCCUUGAAAAAAAUUGAAAAGGGACAGGGGCCAGCAGUCCCUUUGCAGGUUAUAAAUCUCAAAGAGGUUGGAACCUUUCAGAGCCUAUCAGAGCACUGGGAACAGGAAAUUGCUUACCACUGCAGGAAGUCACGCCUACUCACCUCACCAGGUGGCCUUCUGACAGGGAAGUAUCACUAUGAAGAUAAAGAUGGCUCCCAGCCUGCAGGACGAUUCUUUGGCCACAGCUGGGCUGCAGCAUACAGAGACAGAUACUGGAAGAAAAGUCAUUUCCAGGCCAUAGAGGUGGUUCUGCAGGCUUUGGAAACAGCGUACGGGUCAGAGAAACCCUCGCUGACUUCUGCUGCUAUGCGCUGGAUGUAUCAUCACUCUCAGCUUAAGAUACCCACAUGGACAGCUGCAGUGACAAAAAAUGUUAUGCUCAUGGGUGAUCUUGGAGAUGGAGUCAUUAUUGACAUGUCGAGCAUGGAGCAGCUUCAGCAAAAUAUGGCUGCUGCGGAAGAGGGUCCUCUGGAUCAGAGAGUGGUCGAUGCCUUCAAAGAAGUCUGGAAUCUCGUAGCCCACGAGUGUCCAAACUACUUCAGAUUAGGACCUUCUUGAUCAUUUAAUUUUACAGAAAAAUGUUUUUCCAAAUUACACUUAAUUAGGCUUUUUGAAUUCUCCCCUGAAAUGUACAUUUUCUAUCCUUUGAAUAGAUCAGUACACCUUUUGCAUUUUUAAUCAAAGAGCACUUCAUUGUCAUGUCUAUAUUUAAAAAAAAACAUUAACACUCUUUCAUGGAAAAAUAACUUUCUGAAGACUCUGGAUUAAAUUUGUCACAUCAACAAAACGUGUAUAUUAUUCAUGAGUGUUGGUUUAACAUGAACAGUGAAAGGAAAGGGAAUUCUACACAAUAUCAGUCCCUUAUUGUGCUGAGGGAACUUGGCAGAACAAUGACAUCCCAAACGAUUUAAUCCUUUGAAUACAGUCCACAUUGUCCAAAACUAAAA